UUGAUCCCCAUGGAAACCUCUUCAUCCUCUGAUGACAGUUGUGACAGUUUUGGCUCUGAUAAUUUUGCAAACACUAAACGGAAGUUCAAGCCAGAAGUCAUGGAAGAAAUGGCUAAAAUUUUUCACGAGAACUCAGACGAUGAAUCAUUCUGCGGUUUUUCAGAAAGUGAGAUUCAGGAUGUGCUGAAACUGGAGACGGAUACUGAGGAAAAUGAUACGCGUGUGAAAAACCAGCUUCCACCCACGAGGCUGCGGGAGUGCUCUGUGCGUCUGAUGAAAGUUGCUAUUAAAUUUCCCCCUCAAAAGUCCAAGAGAGUAAAGAGCAAAAGUGUGGCCAUCAAGCCUGAAUUGGACUUGGAUUUGGAUUCUGAUGAGGAAAGAGGCCCCAAAUUCUUAGAGAAAAGAGCCUUAAACAUAAAGGAGAACAAGGCCAUG